AGGGAAAAAAUAAGGCGGUCAACUAGCUUGCUAGCUGGUGAGGGACGACUGAGAGGCGAGAGUGUGUUGGUGUACAGGAGAGAAAUUUAAUCAGCGCGUUUCCGUCAUCCGUGUGCAGAGCUUCGGGCUGCAGGCUUCGGGUUCGGCGGGUCUGGUGAUGGCAGCCGCGAAGACUGAUGGAGGGGCGACAGAGCACGUCGACAUCUACGCAGAUCUAAACACUGAGGAGUGCGGUGACGCUUUGGAAGCAGAAGCAGAAGCUGACGCUCUUUAUGACGAUGUGUUAACUGGAUCAGUGGACAGCGAGAGCGUUCUGGGAAAGCAGAGCGACGACGAUGGUAAAGCGGCGGUGGAAUUUGUCGGAGGAGGGAGGUUCUCCGUCUACAUCGGGAACUUUAACUGGUGGACAUCAGACAAUGAUUUGAUGACAAUGGCACGGAAGCAGGGUGUGAAAGACAUCAUAGAAAUUAAGUUUGCAGAGAACAGGACUAACGGUCAGUCCAAAGGCUAUGCCGAGAUUGUAGUGUCCACAGAAGAGUCCUUAAGGCGCUUAUUGGAAACACUGCCACAGUGCAAGAUAAACGAGAAAGUGGAGUGUCGGCAUGUCUCACGGAAAAACCUGGCUGAGUUUGAGGCUCUGGCCAGAAAACGAAUACCGCUGCGUCUCAACCCUAAAAGUGAUUCGGAGCGAGCAGAAGGAAGGAAUUCCUCUGCGUCCUCUCCAUCGGACCUGCCUCCCUUACCUUUGCCUUUGGCGUUUCCUCCAGUCAAACCCCCCCCCCUCAUGCCCCCAUUUUAUAACACUCCUCCACCUCCACUGCCUCCUCCCCCUCUUUUUAGCACUCCUCCUCCUUUGUUCCAUCCACCCUCACAUCAUGUACAAAUUCCCAACACACACCACAUCCCCAACACACAUCCCCAUGCACACAUCCCCCAUGCACACAUCCCCAACACACACAUGCCUAAUGCACACAUUCUCAAUGCACACACCCACAACUCGCACACGCCCUCGUUACACAUCAACCCCGCCUUCUUCCCACCAAAUCCCGCAGCACGCCUUGGCACCACAAACAGCAGCGGCAGCAGAGCAAGAUUCAGCCAACCGGGGGAUGCAGACUUUGAGGAACUGAUAAACAGGAACAGAACGAUUGCGAGCAGCGCCAUCACUAAAGCCAUUUCUGCAGCCACAUCAGGUGACAUCCGGAUGGCCAUAGAGACCCUGUACACAGCAACUGCGGUGAUCAAACAGUCUCGUGUGUUCUUUGACAAGCGCUGUCGUGUGCUGGUUGAGUCCCUUAAUGACUGUCUGAACUCUGUAGAGACCAAAUGCUUCCCUUCAAGUAAGAGACACCGUUCUCGGGAGCGAGCGAGGAGCCGAACGAGGAGCCGAUCAAGGGACCGAUAUCGAGAGCGCUCAUCCAGCACAGACAGAGACAGAGAGCGGGAGCGAGGCCGUGAUCGUGAGCACAGAGACAGGCAUUGAUGGAACAUUCGCCACCAUUUCCAGUCCAUGGCUAAAGAUCAGCAGAGAUCACAGUGCAUAUGAGGAGGACCAGCUAGAAGCCACAAUUGACCUGCUGAACAUCGCUUUCUCUGCUUCUAACAACUUAUUUCAUGGCAUUUCGGUAAAUUUCCUUAAAGAUGCCUUCUCUUUGUUGUGUACAUGGUUAUGAAUAGGAAUUGACGUUUUUGGUUGGAAAAAAAAAAUUAAUAAUAAUUUUUACUGGCUGAUUCAAUACUCGUACUGCAGAACAGCCUUCAUUCACUUUGUUUAGACACAUUUGACGCCUUAAUUUUUGUCAAUUUUGUAAUUAAACACGAAUGUACAGUAAUAAAAAAAAAAAGAACCUGUA